CGUUUAUCGAUUCGUUGGGUCUAGUCUUCAAACCGGAAGUGAGAGAGAAGCCAACAGCAUGCAAGAUGGUGGCCACCAGGAGAGGAGUACGCGUGUGCUCCCCAACUAAAAUAACCCAGGAGCAGUCCUCUGAUGUCCCGGACACUCCUUCCACUCGAAGAACCAGGAGCAGAAGCACCGCAAAACCAGCAGAGAGCCCGACCCAGCAUGGCGCUCUGGAGGAGACCAGCAACCAGCCUGAAACCAGCCAAAGAUCCCCCAUGCCUUCCUCCCCCACUCCAUCCCUGAAGAGAUGCUCCAGAGCGUCCAGACUGCACAGCCCGGAGCAGCCGUGCACGCCCGUAGGCUCUGUGCACGAAGCGGAUGUUUCAGACGUGGAGUCGUGCUGCUCCAUGGAAAUACCGAUGACCCGCAACAAGGGGCGGAAGCAGCUCCUCAGCCAGGAAGAGGUGUCUGAGGUGGAAUCAUGCUCCUCUGCAGUAUCUGCAUCCAGAGCUGUCCGCCGCAGCACGAGGAAGAAGACGAUCCCUAAAAGCCCCGAAACAGCUCCCGUUGAGGCAGGAGACGCCAACUUGGGGAAUGAGUCCUGCAGCUCCGUGGUGUCGGAGUCCACGAGAGUCACCAGGAGUCAGAGGAAACCUGCACGCGCCCGAUCCUCCGCAAAACCACCACCGGAGGACUCUGAGAUUUCUGACGCUGACAGCUGCUUGUCCAGCGCGUCAGCACUGAGGUCCACCACCCGCAGGAGCACACGAACCAGGAGACAAACAGGUCCAAUCCCCAUCCACCUGGACGAAGCCUCAGAAGGGUCCCAGUCUCCGAGAUCUCGAAGGAGUCUGAUCCCCAGCAGAAAUGCAGCCGCUGCUGUAGACUACCAUGAGCCGCUGUCCUGUGACUCUGACGGCUUUGAUUCCGGGCCGACUUCCAGUAUGUCGACUCGUAGACGGGGAAAGGCCCGAUCCAACGCCUUGGACUCGGAGCCGACCGACGUUCACUCCCAGGUGGGCAGCCCCGUCUCCACCCACAGCAGAGGGACUCCCAGUAGCAGCCGCACAGGAUCUGGCAGCAGCACCACCCGGACCACCAGGACCUCCGCCAUGGACUGCAGUGUUAUUCUGGAGAAAAUGGAGCAGGAGAAUUCUUUAAAUGAUUCAAGGCUAGACGGCACAGUGAUCGAUGCGGACUGCACGCUGCUGGAGGAGGAGAAGAGCCUGGCCGUGGAAACAGAAGGUGUAGACACUCCUGAUCCAACAUUAAAUGAAGCAGUUCAGGAAGAUAAGAGCCUAACCGUAGAAAAAACAGAAGCUGUAAGCGCUGCUGAUGUCACAUUGAAUGAAGCAUUCCGAAUGAACGAGGACACGGGAGUUACUGUCAUUUCAGAUGAUGAUUCCCCCGUGAUGUCUCCUCUGAUAUCAGAAAGACUUCAGGAGGCUGUGAGUGAAGCUGCAGUGACUGUCAUUCACCAGCAGGAGGAGCCGUGUGCGGAAGAUAAGGACAAGGCCGCCUCAGAGAUGGAGGUGAUGCAGGAAGCAAUCCCUCCAUCAGAGCCAUCCGUUACAGUAACUCCACCUGGGGAGGAAAUCACAGAGGGGGCUGGAGAGAAGGAUGAAGCUCUGGAGGAAGAGGAAACUGAUGCCCCCACACUGCAGCGUGAGGAGGCCCUGGAUAAGGAAGCUGUCGUGGAAACUGGGCCCGGCGAGAAGGAGAAGAUGGAAGUGAGCACUUUGCAGACAGAUGCUCAGCAGGAGAUGGAGGCCUCUGAAGUGGAAGCCAUUCAGGUGACAUCCAGCCAGCAGCAGAGCAUCACCGUGGAGACAGACGCCGAGCAGGAGGCUAAAGACGUCAUCGUGCAGAAGACUAAGGUAAUCAGCCUACUGGAGAGCAGCGAGGACGAAGAAGAAGAAGCUGAAGAGGAAGAGAAGGAAGUUUAUGUAGAGGAGGAAGAGGAGGAGAAAGCGGGACCCUCCCUCAGGCCUGAAGCAGCAGCCGCAUCAGUGGACGGACUGUUCAUGAUCGACACUCGGCCCGGACAGGAAGUAGAUGAACUUUACUACAAGGAGAAGCUGACUGAGGAGGAGGAGGAGAAAGCAAAGAAGGAGGGAGGCGUCGAGCAGGAUGAGGAGUUUGAGGAUGAAGAGGGAGAUGAUAGUGAUGAUGACAUGGAUACAGAGAUCCUCUUCUCCACGAGAAACCCUCACCUGAAAGAGUUGUCCAGCCGUAUUGACCCCGGUAUCAGGAUGAAGGAGCUCGGGGGUUUAUACAUCAAUUUCGAUGGCGGCAAAUCAAAACCUGUCUCCAGUUCGCUGCAGAAACUGAAGGAGAAGAAGAUCCAAGAUGAGGUGAUGAAGAAGAGUGUGAUGGGAACAGACUUUUUGAAGAAGGAUGCAGUGCCUCCCUACAGUGAAUCCAAAAAAGCCUCAAAGUUGAAACACAGAACGGAGAGGGAGAAGUCGACAGGGGACGGCUGGUUUAAUAUGAAAGCCCCGGAGCUCACUCAGGAGCUGAAGGCAGAUCUGCAGGUCCUGAAGAUGAGAGGCUCCAUGGACUCUAAGAGGUUCUACAAGAAGAAUGACAGAGAAGGAUUCCCCAAGUAUUUCCAGGUUGGUACGGUGGUGGACAGUCCCGUCGACUUCUAUCAUUCCCGAGUUCCCAUGAAGCAGAGGAAGAGAACCAUGGUGGAGGAGCUGCUCAACGACGCCGAGUUCAGACAGAACAACAAGAAGAAGUACCAGCACAUCGUGACGGAGAGAGCAGCACAGGGCGCCGGCAGGAAGAACACGAAGAAGAGUAAAUUCCAUAAGAAGUAAAUCUGAAGACUGAUGGACUCUGAGCGGCGUGUCAUCGACACUAUCCAGACUUUGUACAGUCUGCAGAACGGUGCUUUUGAAUCCAAUGGACCCGUAAUCCUGCAACGUAGUGCUUUACAGUUAUCGUAGUCUUUCUAAAUACACUGAUGCUGAAUAUUAAAACACUUUUCUUUGACAACCGGCACAAACAUUUGGAAUGGUUUUUGUAAUUUAAACUCACCUCAGGCUGAAGAUAUGCCCCGUACCAUGAAAUAUCAAUGUUGCUUUUUAUUAGCGCUACUUGUGUUUAGUGACGAUUUCUUCCAAAUGAUGUUUACAGUCCAGAAGCUGAGGUUACAACACUUAAUACAUGUAUAAACUUUACGUUACUGCUUUUGGUAAUCCUGAAAAAGAAAAGUGAGGGAGAAGCAGAAUGACUGCAGUAUAAAGGAACCUGAUUUGUCAGUCACUGUUAGGAUCCACAAAGAGAGAGGACACGCUGGCGGACUUUAGUUUUUAUAAAUCCUCCAGCUCCUUUGGUCACGCCUUCAUAUAAAAGACUAUUCACAAUCCUCUGUGUUUAACAGUGUGUCAUAUCUGCUAAUAACAACAAAAGCCAUUUUGAACUUAAUACAAAAUAACUAACUGUGUUGUUGAACUACAUGUACAUGUUUCGGACAUGUCAAAGCAAUAAAAGUUUUUAAAAAGA